GAGUGUCACCCCCCUGGCUUGAACUAAAUCGCUUAACCUCGAAGCAUUCUUGUGACGGAAUAAUGAAUCGCAGACACAAAUUCCAGAAAAAACACUGUGACAAUCAAUACGACAGUAAUUCUCGUUCUUUGUCGAAAAGGAUUAAAUAUUGCGACCAAGAAUCAAAGCGAAGUUACAAAAGCUCUAAGAUUCUUCUUGGGUAUGAUGUUGAGCAAAGAAACAGGUGCAGAGAAAAGGAAGAUGAGGCUGUUAGUUGUCAUAACGAAAACAUGGAAAAGGAUUAUUCAAUAACCAAAAAUGACUAUGAGUUCAAUAAAAUGUUUCAUGCAAACCCUAAUCUUGUGCAAGACACCCAAGACUUUUGGCAAUUUGUACGAAAGUAUGAAAGCAUACAAAAAAAAUCGAAACAAAUGACACAGUGUUCAGCAAAUAAACAGUCAAACUCAUCUGAAAUAUCCAACAUCUAUGACAAAUCUAAAAGUAUUAAUAUUAAUCUGAGUUCCAGUUUCGAUGAAACAAUUGCUUGGGUACUCAAAAUUGUAGAACUCGGCAACAUAAAACUAAAUAAGUUCAAAGAUGCCAUUCUUCUUUAUCUUGAUUUCAAGCAAAAAGAAAAGUUCAAUAGAUUGAAAAAAUUACGAGCGGAUCAAGCCAAUUUACCAGUUGCUCAAUACAAAAAUGAAAUAAUCCAAGCAGUUAAAGAAAAAAGUGUCAUCAUCAUCGCUGGAGAUACCGGCUGUGGAAAAUCUACUCAAGUACCACAGUAUUUGUAUUCAUCUGGGUUUGGAAGAAUCGGCUGUACUCAACCAAGACGGUUAGCCUGCCUUUCCCUAGCCAAGAGAGUGGCUUUUGAAACAUUAACUGAAAAUUGUAACGAAGUUGGAUAUCGGAUACGUUUUGAAAAACAGACAACUCAAUACACCCAGAUCACCUUUAUUACAGAGGGAUUACUUUUACGACAAGUUUCAGGGGAUGCAGAUUUGGCGCAAUACAACGUUAUAGUAUUGGAUGAAAUACACGAGCGUCAUUUGUACGGAGACUUUUUAUUGGGCGUCAUGAAGUGCAUAAUUCAUCAACGCCCAGAUCUCAAAUUGAUCCUCAUGUCUGCUACCAUUAAUUUACAAUUGUUUAGUAAUUACUUCGUGAGUGAAGAUGUUCGGGUGAUCCAAGUUCCUGGACGAUUGUAUCCCAUCGAGCUGAUUUAUAAACCCAUUGCUAUUGUCGAUGCUGGCAUCAAGUCUAGUCGUUUUAAUCCCGGUCCGUAUGUCGGAAUAAUGCAAGUUAUCGAUCACAAAUAUACAGCUGAUGACAAAGGUGACUUGCUUAUCUUUCUGAGUGGUAUGAACGAAAUAACGGCGGUCGCAAAUGCUGCUAAAGAUUACGCACAGAAGAAAAAUAAUUGGAUUGUUCUGCCAUUGCAUAGUACAUUACCCAUAGCAGAACAAGACGAAGUUUUUGACUAUCCCCCAGAUGGCGUAAGGAAAUGUAUAAUUUCAACAAAUAUAGCAGAAACUUCGAUAACUAUUGAUGGAAUUAGAUUCGUAGCUGACAGUGGUAAAGUUAAAGAAAUGAGCUACGAUUCAACUUGCAAAAUGCAAAGGCUCAAAGAAUUCUGGAUAAGCAAAGCCAGUGCCGAGCAGAGAAAAGGCCGAGCUGGCAGAACAGGACCCGGAGUGUGUUACAGAAUCUACUCAAAAGAAGAAUAUUCACAACUAGAAAACUAUUCAGCUCCCGAAAUACAACGAAUUCCACUCGAUUCUCUGCUUUUACAAAUGAUGGCGAUGGGUCUUCCGGACGCUCGUAAAUUUCCUUUCAUAGAAGCACCACCUUCCGAAAGUUUGGAAAUUUCAAUAUCGUCAUUGAAAGAACACGGUGCUUUGACCGAGGAUGAAAAGUUAACAUGCAUAGGAAAAACACUUUCGAGGCUACCAGUUGAUAUUAGUAUAGGCAAAAUGUUAAUAAUGGGUUCGAUAUUCCAUCAAGUCGAACCAGUACUUUCAGUAGCAGCUGCACUUAGUGUUCAAAAUCCAUUUGUGAGCAACGCUUUCAAGGAUAAAGAAUCUGAGACUUUAAGAAAAAAAUUAGAGUCCGAUCAUGGGGAUCCUAUAACUUUAUUGAACGCAUACAAGGAGUGGCUGAAAAUCAAGCAAGAAAAUAGUGAUGAAUCCAGAUCUGGUUGGAGCUCCAGUCGAAAAUGGUGUAAACGACGAGGCAUAGAAGAGCAAAGAUUCUAUGAAAUGACAAAGCUGCGAGCCCAAUUCAAAGAAUUACUCCACGACUGUAAUUUACUGAAAAACUUAUCAGAAUCGAAAGUUGCGGUAUCGAGUGCAGAACGUUCGAUGAGGCACGGAGAAUUGAAAUUGUUAAAGUCUCUCAAAAGGAAUUAUAGCCAAUCGGCUGAACGAAAACGAAAACAAUUGAAACUCGAGAUACAUGACAUUGAAAUCGAGGAUGACGAGAAAAACGACAAUGAAAUUGAUAUUAAAGAUGUUGAAUUUCGUAUGAAAAACGAUUCGUCACAAGUUCAACAGUUAUUAGCCGCAGCAACUGCCUGUUCAUAUAAGGAUUUAACGAUACUCAAAUUGAUUUUGUGCAGCGGAUUAUAUCCACAAUUUGCAGUGGCGGACGAAUUCAAUUACUGCAAGUCGAUGAACGAACAAUUAUAUCACACAAAAGGCAAGCCUUACGUCUCUCUACAUCCGAUGGGCAUUUUCGGCAAUGAUUCUCAAGUUUUACAAUUGGAGGAACGUGAAAUUGCAAUUAUUCCUGGAUAUAAAUGCAAAACUCCAAUCAGCUCGAAGCAUCAACUACUUGCGUACUUAUCACUCCUCGAGACGACGAAACCGUAUUUAAUGAAUACACUUCGAAUGCCCGCUGCGCAAACACUUCUCUUAUUUGCUCGACAAAUCGACACAAACGCAAUAUUUUCGAUUAUGGUAUGCGAUUCGUGGCUUUCACUGGAAUUUCCGAUACCCGAUACUGGACUAACAUUAUUGAUGGAAGUGACGAAAUUGCGUCAAAAAUGGGAUUUGCUCUUGACGAAACAGCUUCAAGACGUUACACCCACGGAUGAAGAAGCGGAAAUUGCCAACCAAAUGGAAGAAGAACUCAGUGUAGAUUUGAUUCAAUUUAUGCGUACCACAAUCCCGUACACAGUGAAAAGACUUUUACCAGCAGAUUUAAAGACAAUAUAUGUUGGGAGAGGAGAAAAUGGAAUGGAAAUAAAACCGAAUCCAUUUCAACAUGAUUUUAAGAGUUUUCCUAAUACAACGAAAGGCGGAGUUUGGUUAACACAACAUAUCACAUAUAAUUGCUUGUUCGAAACCGAAUGGAGUGAGAAAUUAUCUCUUGACAUGUUAGAGACGCCUUGGGAAUGUUCGAAAUGUGAGAAAGAAAUGAUUUUGUCGAGCAUCAAACGACUGCAGCACCACUCCGAUUCUUGCACUUCUUCGAACACUGGAAAAUUGAUUAAAAAUGUUGGUUCUGGUGCAGCAAAACCAAAUAGCAAAUCAUACCAGUGCCCCAUCUGUAAGAAAGCUUUGUGCUUGACGCCGAUCGAGAUAUUGAGACACAGGAAGCAGCACGAAGCAACUUCGUCCGCCGUAUAACGUUAAAUUAUCGGAAUAAUGGAAGUUAUUUGUAGCACACUAAAAAAUAAAACGAGGGUACAUUUACAA